AUGUCAAUGUUUGGGGCCCGCGAGGUGCCCGACGACACCUUCUCGUCGGACAUUACGAACAUUUCUGCGAACUACCUCAACGAAAACAACUGCCAGCGUUUUUGGCAGCGACUGAUGACGUGCGUGCGCGAAAGCCAGGAGCUCGACGUGCUCUACGACUGCCGCAGUCGCAUGAUUGACCUGCGCGAGUGUGUCACGCGGCAUAAGCAGAGCACGUGGGUGUUUCGCGAGACGAUGGCGACGCUCCGAAACGAGGAAAAGUUUCGACGGUGGCUGAAGGAGUACGACGAGUCCUUCGGCCACCCCCCGCUGCUGGAGGCGGUGGAAAAGGUGCGCGGGAAGUUGGAAAAGGAGGGAGGCGUAGCGGUGCUCAACCCCACCGUUUUUCAUGACCCCGACAUCUUUAUCCCGCGAGAAAAGGCGUGA